ACGUCCGAAGGCCGCGCAAAUGCCCUUGCCUCUCACCGUUACCAUAGCGACUGGGCCUCCGGACCGCCUAUCCUCGCUGCCUCAUCAACAUCUUUGAGCAUCGGCAGCUCCGGAGGCCGGGGUAACUGGGGGGUAACUAGGUUUUAGAGUGGUAUUUUAAAAGCAGGUAGGAAACUAUAUGAAAGAAUCUUCUGAUGUCACAAUUUCUGGGUGUCACUGGAACAUUUGAUCAUCAUUCCUUUGGCAAUUCCAACCUUCUCUGGAAGGUCAGUAGAAGCAAUUGAUUUAUUCACCUCUACAGGAAUCAGACUCAGCCUAUUUUGGUUUUCAGUGAAUUAUGCCUUUUCGGUUUGCGACCCAGCCAAGGAGCUUCCCAGUGGAAGGGGGAGAUUCUUCAAUUGGGCUGGAGCCUGGGCUGAGCUCCAGUGCUGCCUGUAAUGGGAAAGAGAUGUCACCAACCAGGCAACUCCGAAGAUGCCCUGGAAGUCAUUGCCUGACAAUAACUGAUGUUCCCAUCACUGUCUAUGCAACAAUGCGAAAGCCACCUGCACAAAGCAGCAAGGAAAUGCAUCAUAAAUAGCAUCAUUAAGUCUUUUGUAGAGGUUUGACUAGGUCAAGGGUAAUGGGCCAGUAUCAUCUUAUGAUCUGGUAAACAAAUAAAAGUGGUGGCACCUUUGGAUGA